AUGAGCCCAAGCUACUCUUCCUCUAGUCCAGCCCCCGAACAGCGUUCCUUGGAUGAGCGUCAAGAGCGUGAGGAAGCUGCAUGCCGAGGAUCCUUCCGCAUACCGCCGUCCUCUCCACAACCUCCACGCUUCACCAGCUUCCUUGAGCUUUGCCCCGUGGGAGACGUUAACUCGUUGUUCCCACACAACCUUAGGGACUGUCUCAUCUCCCGACUGAGCUGUCCACCUCCCCGAGCUGUGGCGAGCCCUUCAGUCGACUAG